UUCUCUUUUUGCUUAAUAGAAGGUCGGGGACAGUCUUGCACAGAGAAAAAUAUUUAAGGGAAGAGAGAAGAGAGAGAGAAAGAGAGAGAGAAAGAGAGAGAGAAGAAGGAGAGGAGAAAGUUCACGCACUGCUAUGUUGAUGGCGGUUAGGGUUUCUUGUUGAUCCCGCGAAACUUACUUCUUUUGCUGUAAUUGUUUUCCUUCUCAUUCUCCUUCUCCUCAAAAACCCUAAUUCGAAGCCCCCAAGAUUAAGUGUGUCAUUUCUUGCUUCAAUUUCGAGGAGCUGCAAUGGGAGCGCCAGAGAAAUCACAGGCUAGCACUAAUUCGAUGCAGCGUGUCAAGGUAUAUCGUCUAAAUGAUGAAGGGAAAUGGGAUGACCAGGGUACUGGUCAUGUCACUGUUGAUUAUCUAGAGCGAUCAGAAGAGCUGGGCUUAUUUGUUUAUGAUGAAGACGAUAAUGAGACCAUACUGUUGCAUCGCAUCAGUUCUGAUGAUAUUUAUAGGAAACAAGAAGAUACAAUCAUCUCAUGGAGAGAUCCAGAAUAUGCUACAGAACUGGCACUUAGCUUUCAAGAGACUAGUGGUUGCUCUUACAUAUGGGACCAUAUUUGCAAUGUGCAGAGGAAUAUGCAUUUUAAUACAUUAAAUAAUGAGCCAUUUCACAGUGUCAAUAGUGAACCAAGGGAGUUGCCUGCUGUUGAGCUUUCAACACUUCCUUUGAUUUUAAAGACUGUGGUUGACACUGGCUUUGCAGAUCAGUUGCGGCUUACAGAACUAAUAUUAAGUGAUCAAGAGUUUUUUCGGAAGCUGAUGGAAGUAUUCAGAAUGUGCGAAGACUUAGAAAAUAUUGAUGGCCUUCACAUGAUUUUCAAAAUAGUCAAAGGGAUUGUUUUGCUAAAUAGUCCAGCGAUUUUUGAGAGAAUUUUUUGUGAUGACUUUAUAGUGGACAUUAUUGGUGCCCUCGAGUAUGAUCCAGAGCUUCCCCAUGUUCAACAUCAUCGUAAAUUCUUAAAGGAGCAUGUUGUUUUUAAGGAGGCUAUACCUAUAAAAGACCCAGUUGUGCUGUCAAAGAUUCAUCAGACAUAUAGAGUUGGUUUUUUGAAGGAUGUUGUUCUGGCUAGAUUAUUGGAUGAGGGUAUUGGUGCAAAUCUUAACUCCAUAAUACAUUCAAACAAUGCCUAUGUUGUCUCUUCAUUAAAGGAUGACAGUGCAUUCAUCCAGGAGUUGUUUGCUAGGCUAAAAUCACCCACCACGACUCAAGAAUCAAAAAAGAAUUUGGUUUAUUUCUUGCAUGAAUUUUGUAGUUUGAGCAAGAGCUUGCAGAUGGUCCAGCAGCUUCGGCUUUUUAGGGAUCUAAUGAACGAAGGCAUCUUUGAUGUUGUCACUGAUGUCUUACAAAGUGAAGACAAGAAGCUUGUGCUAACUGGAACAGAUAUCCUCAUUCUUUUCUUGAAUCAAGAUCCUAAUCUCUUGCGAUCCUAUUUUGUUCGACAGGAAGGAUUUGCCCUUCUAGGACUUUUGGUUAAAGGAAUGCUAACAGAUUUUGAAGAGAACAUGCACUGCCAGUUUCUUGAAAUUCUUCGCAAUUUAUUGGACUCAUGCACAUUGACUGGAUCACAGAGGGACACUAUUAUUGACAUAUUCUUUGAGAGGCAUUUGGGGCAAUUGAUUGAGGUUAUAACAUCAUCUUGUCCUUCGGAAAUUACUGCUGGUGAAAGUGACAAAUCAAUAGGUUCUGGGCGAAGAGCUCAUUGUCAAAGUGGAACUAAGCCAGAGAUACUAUCAAACAUAUGUGAAUUACUAUGCUUUUGCGUCCUACAUCAUCCAUACAGAAUAAAGUGUAACUUUCUUCUUAAUAAUGUGUUUGAAAAAAUAUUGCUAUUGACACGAAGAGCAGAAAGGUACUUAGUUGUUGGUGCUGUCCGGUUUGUACGAACUAUUCUCUCGCGUCAUGAUGAGCAUUUGAUAAAUUAUGUUACUAGGAAUAAUGUACUCAAACCAAUCAUUGAUGCCUUUGUUUCUAACGGCAAUCGCUACAAUCUGCUCCAUUCUGCUGUUCUGGAGCUUUUUGAGUUUAUUAGGAAGGAGAAUCUUAAAGCAUUGCUGAAAUACAUAGUUGAUUCUUUUUGGGACCAGCUGGUGAAAUUUGAGUAUUUGGCGUCCAUUCACUCACUGAAAGUAAAAUAUGAGCAGUGUUUGGAUAAUGGUGGGACAAAAGAUGCUGCUACUGUUGUGGACCUUCGUAGACGAAAUGAUGAGCGUGCUUUGGAGAAAGAAGAAGAACGAUACUUUAAUGAGGACAGUGAUGAGGAGGAUAUUGCUUCUGCAUCUGUUCCGCGGAAUCAGAAAGGACACCAGCAACCUAAUCUGUCCAAUGGAGUUGCUUCAAGCUAUUCACAGUUAAGUCCAAGGUCACUGGUUGACUAUGAGGAUGAUGAGGACGAUGAAGAUUACAAACCACCACCAAGGAAGCAGCCUGAAACUUCUGAGGAAGAUGAUGGGGUACUGGAGUCUCUCAGGCUGAAGAGGAAGUUGCCUUCAAAAGAUAAGGAACCUGAACUUGUGAAGAAACAGAAGUUAUCAAAGAAUUCUAAAUCUAAAGAUAGUGUCUUUGCUGCCUUGUGUUCAACAUUGAGCCAAGCUGCGCUACCUAGUAAGAAAACGUCAAUCAGCAUUCAGACGAGUGCUCGAAUAGUUGAGGGGAGGAUGGGCUCUAGUGAAAAUAAUCAGGGAGAUGUACAAAGUAUUUCUAGAAGCAGUUCCGAUAAUAGCAACACUGCAGGAGAAGACAAUCACAUAGAGAAAGAGGCUGAAGACUCUAGAAACUUUUCCGAUUGCUUGCAUGCAAAAUCAGAUAACAUACAAUUGGGUGGAGAGGAGCGUCCAUUGGUUGCCCCAAAGUCCUCACCAGAGAUGGCUGUAAAUGGAUCGUAAGCUUUCACUCAUGCAGGAAGGGAGAUUAUUUGUUUCAUUUGAUGUCUAGAUUUGCUGGUGGGUAAGUGGUUCUGACUACAUACAUAGAGCUUUGAAACGAAGGAAAUUUACCUACAAAGGGGUAAAUUCUGCUUAUGCGUUGCAUCGAGGACGUGAGAAUACUGUACAGUGCCACUGAGAGGCGGGGAGAUAUUAAUACAGCAACGUGGGUGGAUAUGCUCCAAUUCUUCAGUUUGCUAUUUUGGGCCUUUGAGCUAAUGGUUGUUUUUGUAUGAUAUUCCUGAAAUAAUUUUCUUAACUUUUCCCGUCCCCAAAAUUUACCUCUUCCAGCUCAUUUAUUUUCGAAGUUUGUCAGGGUAUCCAAGGUGCAAAUGAGGGGUAAUCAUGUCAUAUCGUAUCCCUUCUCAGUGUUUGAACUUCAUGAUUGAGGUCAUCAAUAUCUUGUCCUACACAGCUCUUCCAUGUGUCUUUUUUCCUCCUUUAUUUCGGUUAUGGGAAUACGUGCAGUGAGUAUCUAAGGCCCAUUUUUCACUAAUGUAGGGAAUCGUCAGCCGUUGUAAAUCUAUUAAACUGUUGAGUAUUGCAAAGAACUCUUAUGCAGUUUUUCUACAUCGUAACUGGAUUUUGCAUUGGUUAA